UGUCGCCCUCCUUUCCUUCGCAGGACUGGAGAGAGCAGCGCUGGGGCUGGGCCAGGGACUGAGCGUCCCCGGGGGAGAAGGUCCGGUGUGACCCUGACGAGAGGCAGAAAUGGGGAAAAAACUGGAUCUUUCCAAGCUCACUGAUGAAGAGGCCAAGCAUGUCUGGGAAGUCGUUCAACGCGACUUUGACCUUCGAAGGAAAGAAGAGGAAAGACUAGAGGGGUUGAAGGGCAAGAUUAAGAAGGAAAGUUCCAAGAGGGAGCUGCUCUCUGACACUGCCCAUCUGAAUGAGACCCACUGCGCCCGCUGCCUGCAGCCCUACCGCCUGCUUGUGAACAGCAAAAGGCAAUGUCUGGACUGCGGCCUCUUCACCUGCAAAAGCUGCAGCCGCAUCCACCCGGAGGAGCAGGGCUGGCUCUGCGACCCCUGCCACCUGGCCAGAGUGGUGAAGAUCAGCUCGCUGGAGUGGUACUACGAGCUCGUGAGAGCCCGCUUCAAGCGCUUCGGGAGUGCCAAAGUGAUCCAGUCCCUCCACGGGCGGCUGCACGGCGGAGGUGUGCCUGAGCCAAGCCCUGGGGAGAGAGGUGGAGACGGCGAGCAGACGGAUGAGGAUGCAGAGCCGGAUUCGGAGGCCCAGGCCCGGCCCCUUGGCAGCAAAAAAAAGCGCCUCCUGUCCUUCCACGACCUGGACUUCGAAGCAGACUCAGAUGACUCCACUCAGCCUCAAGGUCGCCCCCUGCGCCUGUCCUCCAUCUCCGCCGCCACGGACAGCCUGCAGUCCCUCACAGACGAGCCCUGCUCGGACGAGGCAUCCCCCCAGACGGCUGCGGGCCUGGAGGAGGCUGACGCCGGGGCCGCUGGGCGCCGCGCCCAUCCAGGAGAGCAGCCCGACAGCCUCUCGCCUUCCGGACAGGACGCCCUCGCUGAGCUCUGCCUGCCCCGAGGCCCUCGCAGGAUGGCCCUGGGGAUCGCGGCUGCACCAGGCAGGAACGUCACCCGCAGCCAGCAGCCGCCCCUGCAGUACCUGGCCGACGUGGACACCUCUGACGAAGAAAGCGUCUGGGCCGGCAGGGCAGCCUCCCAGCACCCCAAAAGGAGAGGCCAGACUCCAUCCGAGAGCCAGCAGGGUCCAGCUGCCGCCGCGCACACAGAUGCCGACAUAGAGGAGGAGACCCUGAGGAGAAAGCUGGAGCAGCUGACCAGCAACGUCAGCGACGAAGAGGCCUCGUCUGAGGAAGAGGAGGGCAAGGAUGAAGAGGCAGAGCAGGACAGGGGCACCUCCAUGAGGGCCCUCGCCCUAGCGGGCCCAGAGGGGUGCACAGCCACAAGCCAAACGUACAGCCAGGACAACAGCCCUCAGGGCCACGGGGACCCCGCCCAGCACAACAGGACCACAGACGAGGAGCUGUCGGAGCUGGAGGACAGAGUGGCCGUGACGGCAUCCGAGGUCCAGCAGGCGGAGAGCAAGGUUUCAGACAUCGAGUCCAGAAUCGCAGCCCUGAGGGCCGCGGGGCUCACCGUGAGGCCGUCGGGAAAGCCCCGGAGGAAGUCCAGUCUCCCGAUAUUUCUUCCUCGAGUUACCGGGAAGCUUGGCAAGAGUCCGGAGGAUCCGGCCGCAGGCCCUUCCGAUGAGGUCCAGGCAACAGCUGUGCCCUAUCUUCUAAGGAGAAAGUUCACUGAUUCCCCAAAAAAUCCAGGCAAAGAUGAUGAUUCCUUUGCUCGGAAAUCCGUGUACCGCGGUUCCCUGACUCAGAGAAACCCCAGCGGCAGGAAGGGAAUGGCCAACCACAUCUUUGCGAAACCCGUGAUGGCCCACCAGCACUGAGGGGGAGGUCCCCGGGGCAGGACAGAGACACAGGGCCGCCCUGCGCUCGUUUGCCGUCCACUGUGGCCACCGUGUCCCUCAUUGGCUCUGCACUUCCUGCUAUCCACGGUCACCUCACGGUGAGAAACACCUGCCCACGUGGACUCCCACCUGCGAGAUGACAGCAGCUCUCGGUCCUUCGCUGUUCACCCAGGUUCACUGACAACUUCCAAGGCCACCCCGUCAGCCUCUCUGAUGUAGGGGAAACAGCUAAGCUGGUGUGACUUUAGGACAAUGUUGUUUAAACUUUCUGAAGGACACACGAAGACC